UCUAUAUAAACUAAAAUUUGUGUCGGCUGUAUCUAUAAUUCUAUAUCUCUAGAAGUUUCGCUUUACAUCCAUCCAUCCAUCAAUGGCUUCUUCAUCUCAAGCAAGUCUGCUUCUUCAGAAACAGCUUAAAGAUCUUUGUAAAAACCCUGUUGAUGGAUUCUCUGCUGGGCUUGUUGAUGAAAAUAAUUUAUUUGAAUGGAGUGUUACUAUUAUUGGUCCCCCUGAUACAUUAUAUGAUGGUGGUUUUUUUAAUGCCAUAAUGAGCUUCCCGCCGGAUUAUCCAAACAGCCCACCAACUGUGAGAUUUACAUCAGAGAUUUGGCAUCCAAAUGUUUACGCUGAUGGAAAGGUCUGUAUAUCGAUUCUUCAUUCCCCUGGUGAUGAUCCUAAUGGUUAUGAGCUAGCAAGUGAGCGUUGGAACCCUGUACAUACGGUUGAGAGCAUAAUGUUGAGCAUCAUAUCAAUGCUUUCAAGCCCCAAUGAUGAAUCUCCUGCAAACGUUGAAGCUGCGAAAGAAUGGAGAGAAAGAAGACAGGAAUUCCGGAGGAAAGUGGGCCGAUGUGUGAGGAGAUCACAAGAAAUGGCAUGAAAGCUCCACUCGUACACCCAAAUUGACACGAGUAUGAGCAGCACUACUUGUAGAAUUACCAUUGACGUUGCCAUUGACAUUUGAUGUUUUGUUCUAUUGUGGUUUUCUUUUUUUUUUCUUUUUUUUUGCUUUAUGACUUCACACGAGGAAAGAAUAGGUUUGAUUUACUUUUUGUGGGAAGACAUUUAUGAAGUAUAAGCCGAUUUUUUUUUGUGUG